AUCAAAAGGGCAAACCGAGGAGGUGAGGUUUGCAGCUCCAGAAGGCCGCCCCCUGAAAUAUACACCUCCAUUCACCGUGGACCUUUUUCACCUGUUAAUUAGGUUUCUGCGACGUAGUUUGCCAUCAGAAUGAACAGAUACAACUGACGGAGUAGGCUGACUUGUCAGAUGGGAAAAAUCUCUCACCCUCUCAUGACAGUGUUUUCUGUGGUCAUACUGACCCAUAUCUGACCGCGUCGCACUGUUUCCCGGGGGUCACGGGAAGCCAGAGUGGGGGACUAUAUAUAUAUCAGCGAUUACGUAACUGGCUAACGGCCGUAUGGACGUCUGUUUUGCACUGCCUGCGGUCUUUACGCUCGUCAGUCUGGACAGAAGAGUGUCACUGACCAUGUCAUGUUUUCUUGUUUUAGCUUAACAGUUAAAGGUAUAUAAGCAAAAGGGAUCGAGCUGUCACAGGGUCAGGUCUCGCUUUGUAUUGGCUAGCUAGACUGAAACAAAAAACUCACGGUGUUGGAGUGACUGGCAGGCCACGUAAACACAAGUACCUGUGUAAACAAAUGGUGAUACGGUGUCCCUGCCAGAUACUGCCGGAUAGUUUACACCUGGCAGGCUACCUGUUGAAUUUAGCUGGGCGGCUGACCCCAGGCUUGUUGCGUGGAGAACACGGCUUGAGACAGUCAUGGUGACUAUACUGAGGCCAGUCAAGCUUACUACGCGGUUGGGUAACAUGUUUCACCCCCAUGCUAAGGACAAAGGCAAUGGCGGAGAGAUACAGUGGUGUUUUUCACAAGUAAAGGGAACCAUCGAAGAAGACGUCACUGAAGCGGACAUCAUAUCCUGUGUGGAGUUCAGUGACGAUGGAGAAUUCCUGGCUACAGGUGACAAAGGAGGACGUGUUGUCAUUUUCCAGCGCGACAAGGGCAAAUCAACAAUCCCUUGUCGUGGGGAGUUCAAUGUAUACAGCACUUUCCAGAGCCAUGAGCCCGAAUUCGACUAUUUGAAAAGCUUAGAAAUAGAGGAAAAAAUUAACAAGAUCAGAUGGCUUAAACGUUCUAACCCAGCUCAUUUCCUCCUCUCCACAAACGACAAAACCAUAAAACUGUGGAAAGUGACAGAGCGUGACAAGCGACCGGAAGGUUACAACUUGAAGGAUGACUCUGGGGUGCUACGGGACCCAAUGUCCUUGACAGGACUGAGGGUACCAAUCUUUAAACCCAUGGAAUUAAUGGUGGAGGCGAGUCCAAGGAGGAUCUUUGCCAAUGCCCACACAUACCACAUCAAUUCUAUCUCUGUGAACAGUGAUCAGGAGACCUACCUCUCUGCUGACGACCUCAGGGUCAACCUUUGGCAUCUACAAGUCACAGACCAAAGUUUCAAUAUUGUUGAUAUAAAACCAGCCAAUAUGGAAGAGUUAACAGAGGUGAUAACUGCAGCAGAAUUUCAUCCCAAUGAGUGUAAUUACUUUGUCUACAGUAGUAGCAAAGGGACCAUACGUUUGUGUGACAUGAGGGCUCAAGCCUUGUGUGAUCGUCAUGCCAAAUUGUUUGAAGAGCCAGAGGAUCCAACAACCCGAAGCUUUUUCUCUGAAAUCAUUUCCAGUAUAUCGGACGUCAAAUUUAGUAAUAGUGGUCGCUACAUGAUAUCUAGGGAUUACUUGUCUGUCAAAGUGUGGGAUUUGCAGAUGGACUCUAAGCCAAUAGAAACAUACCAAGUGCAUGAAUACCUGAGAAGCAAGCUUUGUUCCUUGUAUGAGAAUGACUGUAUAUUUGACAAGUUUGAAUGUUCUUGGAGUGGAAACGACAGGCAUAUUAUGACUGGCUCGUACAACAACUUCUUUAGGAUGUUUGACAGGGAGUCCAAGCGAGAUGGUACGUUAGAAGCUAGCAGGGACAACAUGAAGACUAGAACUGUUCUUAAGCCUCGAAAAGUUUGUACAGGUGGAAAGCGAAAGAAAGAUGAGAUUAGUGUAGAUUGUUUGGACUUCAACAAGAAAAUACUGCACACUGCUUGGCAUCCAAGCGAAAAUGUAAUUGCAGUAGCAGCUACAAAUAAUCUAUACAUCUUCCAUAGUAAAGACUAACCUGAACUGCCUACAGGUUUAGGGAUAAUUUAAUGCUAGGUUGUUGUUGGUGAGUUGUGGCAGACUACAGCCUCCCACCGUGCCUGCCGUGCCGUGACUGUUUUGUGGCCUGGUUUUAUCCAAGAGGAGACAACAGGAGAGAGUGGCUUUAUGGCAUGCAGCAACACAAGAGGUCUUCUGGCAGAUCCAAAUGUGGCCUCACUAAAGGCAGGUCAUUAGUGUAGCCAGGGCUUGGGAAUUUAACAGCUGGGAAAUCCGCUGGGAAGCACACAAAUUUCUCCAUGAUAACACCAGUGUGCUCUGAUCUUCAGGCCGGCACUUCUCUGGGAGGCCACAUAACAAACAGUCAGCUGACCCUUAUUUUCCCAAUGUUUGAGGAAAUGGAAUUGACUGAUUAUAGCAUUGACUAUAUUUAACACCAGGAUGAUAUCUAAGCUGAGCAGUGACAGACCAUAGCCACAAAUGAGUGCUCCAGAUAAAUGAUCCACUGCAUUUUUCCAUGAUGUACUUUCCAGAUAAGUGCAAUGUUCUACGUGCUGCAUAGUACGACGAUAAUGUCAUGGAUUCCACUGACAUUAGCUCGUGGUUGGUUCUUUGAAAUGCUCAAAAUGAACAGAAACGUUGAGAGUUGUCUCAGUGACAUAAUCUUGACAAGUCUGAGGUAGACGUUGGGUACGAAAAAAAAAAUACUUCUGCAUCAGUGUUGAUCAAUUUUGGAUUUAUGUUUUCUCUACUAAACUUUUUUUCUACAAAAAAUGACCUUUAUUGGUGUUGACUUUAUGAACAUUUGAAUAGUGCUCUUUUUUUUUUCCCCCCCAAAGAAUUCUGAUCAUCUAAGGAUAGGUCAGGAAAUUGAUUUUAUCUAGUCCAGUUGAAGCUGAUGUAGAUGAGCGUAGCCCUCUGUGACAUGUAACUGUCCAUGUAAUGAGGGAAUCUACUGGACAGGGUUUACAGGCUGUGUUAUUUGUAACUGGUAUUAAGCAGCAUAUGUUUCUGUCACCCCAGCAGUAGGAUGAAUUUCAUGUGAGUAUAGUAUGAAGCCCUUGUUUGUGUGAAGUUAGUUUGUUUCAUGGGGUCUUGUGAAAAUUUUGUUUGUUUCAUGGGAUCUUGUGAGAAUUUUGUUCAGCAUAUUGUCAUGUAACGUGAGCGACUAGAAGUCUCGGCCUUCAAAGAAAAAAGUGAUCAAGCUAGAAAUGAUCAGUUAUUCCAGUUCUGUUAUGUAUGAACGGGAAGUUAUUGUGGGAUGUUUGAAAUUCUAGGAGUGCUACUUUCCCUCUGUUGUAUGCAAAGAGAACAAUUUGAUAGAGUAAUUUAUUGUAUGAUGAUUGUAUAUUUAAACUUAGUUCUGUUACCUGCUAUUGUCAUUCCUCCAGCUGUGCCCAUGUGAUAAUGCCUUGUGCAGACCCUAAGGUUUGGUGGAGUCGCUCAGGUCAGUAUUAGCAACAUUAGUGUGUCUACAUGUAUACUUACACAAAAGUAAAACAUUCAGACCAGUGUGAAGCCUUUAUCAGUUUUCUACUUUUUAUGAAAGAUGAAACAAUGUAUUGAGAAUUAUUUGGCUUGUUGACAAAUAUGAAAAAAUUUACAUGGAAGUGAAUUAAAUUUUUGUAUUCAGACUUGAUUGAGCAUUAUAAAUGGAGCAUUGCUAAAUGGCAAGAAAAAGAAAACUAAAAUUAAAAGCAAACAAAAAUAUAUACUCUGAGCAGGACCAAUAUACAUGUAAUUCCAUUUAAUUGGUAUCUGUAUCUGAGGCAAUAACAAAGUGUGAAGUUGAGGCUAGGCAAGGUCUGGAUAUCCUAGCUUGAGCACCUAUCCAACUGGAUCUAUGUUCUGCUAAUCUGGUAGGCUAAGUUGUCUUCAACCAUAGCAAUAUGACUGUGAAGUGUAAUGCCAUGGUAUGUAGUUGCAUUCAACUUCAGACUAUGGUUGAUAUGUGUAACUAGGACCUUAACUUGUUGCCAGCAGUUUGAACAGUUCAGUGUAGCUGUCCCAUUGAGGUUUGUAAUUCUGCAGAGCACACAAAUCCCCCUUUCAUGGAAGGUGGCUGCAGGCCAAGUAUCAGUAUGUGCAACAGUUUGUGUGUUUAAACUGUUCUAUCAGUCAACAGAGAGCAGAUGUAAAAUGUUCACCCAAAUGUUGCCACGACCGGUGCUUGUUAAACAUUCCCAGCAUAGGUGAUAUUGUGGAAUGCAGAGUGUUUUGGUAUCGACUGCUGGUGCCAGAUUAAUUCACAGACCUUCGUGGGUGUUGGAUUGUGGAAUAUUAAAACAUGGUUUGACUUUGAAUAUUUCAUUAAGAUUUCAUUGCCAUAUUUAUCAAACAGCAGGAAGUGCUGGAGUUACUGGGUAUUUGGCUUCAAUUCUCAUUUUCUGAUCCACCAGUGGGUGGCAAGGGACAUAACCAGACCUGUAAAACUGGCCAAAUGACAGGCUGUAUAGUGGUGCCUUGUACUCUUAUCAGGAUGCUAGUGCAAAAGUUUAUCAAGUACACUGUAUACUUUAAGACUGAAAUUGGUUGAAAGUACAAGCAUUAUAAUUUAUGGAGGACAGUGCUACCUAGACAUACUGUUUAAGACCUCCCGAUGUUGUGUGACCUCUGUGGGAGUGUUGUGAAGGUCGUUCAUUAACCUGGACAUCACCAACCAGCUGUUGUGCUAUCAACACAGCCAUGCUAUGUUGUUGACCAUUUGUCAAAUUAUGUCAGACAAUGGAAAAAAAAAAUUAAAGUCCACUUCACACCAUUUUAUGCCUUUGUCAGUUUUUAUUGGUUUCCAAUCAUAAGUUGGGUUUGAGUGCAUCAAUUCGUCAACGACGUGCCCAGGUAAAUAAUAUUUAGUGUAUUGGAUUGGUGUUUAAGGCCAUAGGUAAGAAUUUUUCACUCAUGUGAUGGUUGAAAGUUCUAUAGAAGAACUUAGACAUCAAAGCCCGACAAGCAGUGACAGCGAGGGAGUCUUAAUGUAAAGUAGGGUUCUGAAAAUCAUAAAGUUUCAUAUCCAGACCAUCACAUGUGGCUGUUGAUAACAAAGUGAAUUCUAAUGCCAUGCAGUCAUGGUUUCUCUAACAAGUGAGCAACAGUAAAUAGAGUUUUUGCAUAAAAUCUGGCAUGUGUAAGAAUUCAAAUUCCCUGUAAUUGUCUGAAGUGGGAGUUGACUGAAGCACAAUGGUUUUCACUUCGAUAAAUGGAAUUACUAAGUGAUUUUCAGUUCACAUAGUAUGUUAUUACUCGGCAUUGAGGAGUCACGGCCUUCGUCUGUAGAUUACCUUAGCAAAGAGAGCUCUCGAAUUGGAUAUAGAUGGCUAAUUAAGACAAUCCAGAAUGACUGAUGGAAAUGACCAUACCAUUGUAAAUUGUAACAUGCUGACAAGUUGCCAGGAAUGAUCAAAUUGGGAAGGUCAAAUCAAAUUUGUUGCUGGAGAUGCAGACUAUUUAUGGUUCACCUGUGGGUGAUCAUUGAUGCCAGAUAUUGUUGAAGUAGGAAACAGUCGGCACACUGCCCCUGUGUAAGGUAUUUAUUUGACGGCUGUUUUACACAGUUCUCAAGAACAUUUCACAUGUACCACAGCAGCCAGCAUUAUGUUGGUAGAAAACCA